GCGAAGAAGAGACAUUGCCCUCUCCGGCGUCAUGGCUUCGUCGUCGCCACCGCCUGCGCAGGCCCCCGUUCUCUCGCCGCCGAACCCCCCUCGGCCCCAGCAACACCCCCAGCCUCUGCCUGUCGCCGCCGUCAAAUCCGAGGUUCCGGUUGCCGAGCCCCGAGAUCCCCCCGCCUCAGUCAGUUCCAUCCCGCUGGAACCGUCUCCCGCUGCGGUUGCCGCCUCGUACACCAUCACCAUCCCCAGCUGCUCCGGGUGGUUCUCUUGGGACCAGAUCCACGACACCGAGCGCAGGGUCCUAUCGGAGUUCUUCGACGGGAAGUCGGCUUCCAAGAACCCCGGGGUGUACAAGUACUACAGGGACUCGAUUAUUAGACGGUUCAGGGGGAACCCGUCGAGGAAGAUCACGUUCACCGACGCCCGGCGGGGGUUGGUCGGGGAUGUCGGGUCGAUCCGUAGGGUGUUUGAUUUCCUAGAAGAGUGGGGCCUGAUCAACUACACGCCCUCGGCCAAGCCGAGCGCGAAGAAGGGGGAAAUGGGCGAUGAUUCGGAGAAGAAGGAAACUCCUAGGAGGAUCUGUUCCCAUUGCAAAUCCUCUUGUAACAUGGCAUGCUUCACCACGGAUAAGGCAGAUAUUAUCCUAUGUGCACGAUGCUUUGUUCGCGGUGACUAUAGGCCUGGCCUCAGUUCAACAGAUUUCAAAAGGGUUGAUAUCACUGAAGAAACAAAGGCAGAUUGGACAGACAAGGAGACUAUUCACCUACUUGAAGCCAUUUUGCAGUAUGGUGAUGAUUGGAAGAAGGUGGCAGAGCAUGUUGGUACCAAAUCAGAGAUAGACUGUGUUGCUAGAUUCAUCAAGUUACCCUUUGGAGAACAGUUUUUGGGGCCUGAAGAAGUUGGUGAAUAUGGUAAGCCACACCAGAAAAAUGACAAGGUAGUAACUGUACCUGAAGGGGAGAAUGUUCCAGAGCAGAGUCUUUCGAAGCGGAUGCGUCUCACACCACUAGCUGAUGCAAGCAAUCCAAUCAUGGCCCAGGUUGCUUUCUUAUCUGCAAUGGUGGGUUCAGAUGUUGCCAAAGCUGUGGCUCAAGCUGCCAUUUCAUCAUUGCAUAAAGUGGACAUAACUGGUGGCAUCAGUGCAAGUGAUGAUAGGCUUCAGUCUGCUGCCUCCAAUGGAGCAAAGGAAGAAGGCUACAGAAUUAAACUUUCUUCCUAUGUAGAAGCUGUUGCUGCUUCAAAUGGUCAAACUUCUUCUGAUGUACUCAAUGAGGCUGUGGCACAGGCACAGUCUCAGCUUAAGAAGGAAGAGCAGGAUGUAGAGCAAUAUCUAUCUGACGUAGUGCAAGUUCAGAUGAAGGAAAUCCAGGAUAAGAUUGUACACUUUGAGGAGUUGGAAUUGCUCUUGGAAAAAGAGAGGCUGCAGCUGAGGCACAUGAAAGAUCUUCUUUUUGCAGAUCAGUUAGCCAUCAUGCAACAUAAGAUGCAGCUCUUGUCAAAAGGGAAUGAGAAAGGGGAGAAGGUUAAGCAGACUAAUCAUGUUCCUUGAUUGUGAAGCAAAUCUUACAUAUUUUAUAUUAUAUGGUAUCCAACCUCUCAUCUCAUUUUCUCCGGCAGUAGGAUAUCCAACUAGAGUUUCAUUGUGAAUCUGCAGUUCCUUGUUCCUUUUAGUGUUCUACUUACUAAAUCUCUUUCUUUCCCCUUUUUAUUUGCUUUGUCUCUCACUCAUGGAUCUCCUGCAUCAGUUGCAUGAACAGAUCACUUGGUCCAGCAAAUUUUCUCUUCCAGUGUCUUUGUUUUUUGAGGGGAAGGAGAACAUCCAUCUCUGUGAUGAACAUUUUCAUUUGGAUCAGAUUUGCAGUGGCUUUAAGGCUUCA